AUGGCUCGCAAUCUACAAGCAAAGCUUCCCUCCACAGAUACCCUUCGAAUAUUCGAUGUCAAUGCCGAAUCGCUUGAGAGGUUUGCAACCGAAACCAAGGCCCUCUCGGCGGGUGCUGCGGUGGAGAUCGGAACCAGUCCGAGGGAUACUGCUCACAAUUCCGAAACAAUCAUUACCGUCUUGCCCGGACCAUCACACGUAAAGAAUGUGUUUGCUCAAAUCCUGAAGCGCCCACUCAGCGAAGAAAAGGUCGCAAACCCAGAUCGCUUGUUCAUUGACUGCUCCACAAUUGACCCUGCGUCUUCGAGAGAAACAGCAAGAGCGGUGCACACCACCCAGCAAGGACGAUUUGUGGACGCACCAAUGUCAGGCGGCGUAGUGGGAGCUACCGCUGGGACUCUGACUUUCAUGCUUGGAUCUCCGGAUUCCCUAGUCUCGCGUGUUGAGCCUAUUCUACUAGCUAUGGGCAAGAGGGUGCUUCAUUGUGGAGUCCAGGGAGCCGGUCUCUCAGGCAAACUCGCAAACAACUAUUUACUUGCUAUCAACAACAUCGCAACUGCAGAAGCCAUGAACCUAGGCAUCAAGUGGGGACUGGAUGCCAAAACUCUUGGAAACUUAAUUAACAUCAGCACCGGAAAGUGCUGGCCAAGUGAAAUCAACAACCCUGUGCAAGGUGUCGUCGAGGGUAGCCCGGCAAGCAGAGACUACAGCGGAGGCUUCGGCCUUAGCCUAAUGAAGAAGGAUCUUGGUCUUGCAGUUCUAGCUGCUGAGGAGGCUGGAGCUCGUCUUGAGCUUGCUGCCCGAGCCGGGGAGGUUUAUGAGGCUGCUGAGCAGCAGGAUGACUGCAAGGGCAGGGACUUCUCCGUUGUUUACAGAUAUCUUACCCGAGAAGCGUAA